AUAUUCAUGAAGUAAUUUUACAAGUAAAACUCUUGCUUCCUUGAAAGUAAGUUGAAACAAACAGAGAGCCUAAAUGAUGGAUCUUUUCUUAUUCUCUUCUUAUAUAUCUAUUUAUCUUGUUCUUCACCAGAGGAUAUCCUGUUUGGGUUGCUAUUGCCCUUAUUUAUAUGCUUGAAAUAUUUCAGCUCAGAGACUGGAGACUGGAAGCCAACAGGUCCAAGAAAACAACAGAAAUACUGCAGAGGAGGACCUAGAACUACCUUUAUUUGAUUUGGCCACCAUUUCAAGAGCCACUGAUAAUUUCUCCUAUGAAAAUAAGAUUGGAGAAGGUGGAUUUGGUCCCGUUUAUAAGGGUCAACUCUCAAGUGGACAACAAGUAGCGGUGAAGAGACUCGCCAAGACUUCGGGGCAAGGCAUCAAAGAGUUCAAGAAUGAGGUUAUCUUCAUUGUGAAGCUACAACAUCGGAAUCUGGUCAAGCUAUUGGGAUGUUGCAUUCAUGAAGAAGAACGGAUGUUGAUAUAUGAGUACAUGCAAAAAAGAAGUUUAGAGUUACACAUAUUCAAUCAAACAAGAGGUAGAUCACUGGAUUGGCAAAAACGCUUUGACAUUAUAGUUGGGAUUGCUCGAGGACUUCUCUAUCUCCAUCGUGAUUCAAGAUUGAGAAUAAUUCAUAGGGAUCUGAAAGCUAGCAACAUUUUGUUGGACGACGACAUGAAUCCUAAAAUUUCAGACUUUGGAUUGGCGAGAAUGUUUGGAGAUGAUCAGUCUGAAGAAAAUACAAAUAGGGUUCUUGGAACUUAUGGAUAUAUGUCUCCAGAAUAUGCCAUAAACGGGCUCUUCUCUGUGAAAUCUGAUGUUUUUAGCUUCGGUGUAUUGGUUUUGGAGAUUGUGAGUGGAAAGAAGAACAGAGAAUUUUACCAUCCCGAUCAUGACCUCAACCUUUUGGGACAUGCAUGGAAACUAUGGAACGAAGGAAAACCCAUGAAUCUAGUAGAUGCUUUGAUGGAGAGUCCGAUUCCCACACCAGAAGUUGUAAAAUGUAUCCAAAUGGCCCUUUUGUGUGUGCAAGAUCGUCCUGAAGACAGACCGCCAAUGUCAGCUGUUUUGCUAAUCUUAGAUAGUGAAAAUGCAAUCCUUCCACCUCCUAAACAACCUAGGUUUUACACGGAAAGGUUUACUCUGGAGAUGGAUUUUUUGUCAACUGGUAUAUGUCCUCUCGCUUCAAAUGAAGUAACAAUGUCAGUACUUCAUGGUAGAUAGAUGGGAUUGUUGUCCUAAAACCCUGUAAAGAAACUUUUACAAAAAUUAUAUUGUUCUUCAGUAGUGUCAGUUUUG